AUGACCGUCUCGCCAACCAAGAUUUUGUUGAAGAAUGGCGUGCUUCUUAUCCAUGGAGAGGAUGGCAGAGUAAAACCUCAGCGGUCGGAUAUAUUCAUCGAGGGAGACACGAUUUCACAAAUCAGCCCAAAUGUCAGGACAGCCGGCGAGGAUGUCAAAGUGUUUGACUGCGAGGGCAAGAUCGUGUCUCCAGGCUUUAUAAGUACACAUCAUCAUGUAUGGCAAACCGCGCUGAAGGGUCGCCAUGUCGACCACACUCUACUUGAGUACUUGCCGCGAGGAAACUUCAUUGGGUCAUUAUUCUCUACCGAAGACGCAUUUUGGGGUGAACUUGGUGGCGCACUUGAAGCUAUUGAUGGCGGGACCACGACCAUUGUGGACCACUCCAGUCUGAAUGUUGGCCCAGAAUUCCGUAAGACCCUUGCUCGAUAUAAUUAUAGCCAGUAG